AUGCCGACACCGAGUUGCGAGAAAGGUGGAUAUCCGGCCAUAGCUCAAAUCAUGAGCAAUCACGAUGAACUUGCGAUAUUCCGUCGCUUUAAAGAGUUAAAUACGCUGAACUUACUUUAUUCGCAAGCGGAAAUCAUACAUCUGGAGGCGGAGCUCAAGAGCCUAUGGGAGGUUGACAAGUCACACCCUGAAAGAGACUUCCACCACCGGGACUGGUGGUCACUCGCCUAUUCUCAAGAAGAUGGGAACAAAGAGCAAUGGCAAAAGGUCUUGGAGAUAAGAAAAAAGCUGGAAGCCUACAAUAACCGUCUUGCCCAGCAGGUAUUCCUGUCUCGACUUGAGGCACCAAACCCUUAUGAUCUCGCCUUCCUCCGAGAUUGGUUUGAGCGGCCCAACAUGGGGAACUUCCCAUUACGUGGUCCAGAUCAAGAAGCUUGGAACAAGGAAACCGAAACCGACCUGCUUGCAACCCGUCGCCGAAGCCAUGAAGAUCCGUUCUCUAGCUGGUUCAUCGAUACCGUGAUACCAAAAUUCCAUCGCGUGUUUGGGUCUCGCAUUAAAAAACCUAUACCAGAAGCUCCACUCUCAGAGAUAGCCCACUACCCAGAGAAGGCACUCCUGACAGUAGUCAACAUCCUCGGAACGCUCAUAGCCUCACUCUUGCCCAUCGUGUCAAUCAUCAUUCUCUACUUUAUCACGAAUAAGGUCGUUCAACUCGGCGUCGCAGUGGCUUUUACAGCCACGUUUUCUAUUUGCCUCAUAUUGCUUACGCAGGCGAAGAGAAUUGAGAUCUUUGCUGCUACUUCGGCGUAA